GCACAAUCCCAUCCUCUGUUCCAUUCAGCUGCUGAAGAGCCCACACAGCUCUUCCCCUGCUUUCUCUGCAAGCUCAGUUGAAUUGGAGAAGUCUGUACCAUCGUUUGGUUCUCCAGAUCCACAAACACAUUUCAGAUGACUUAAUUUUCAUGUUAUCAUCUUGGCUGCUGCAUAUUGGUUUCAUGAAUCUUGGUUUUAUGUAUAAGGAUAUUCAGGGAAAACUUGGAAUCCAGAAAAGAUGGCUGCAUUGUUCUGGGACUUGGAUGAUUCUACAACUCCUCCAAAGACACCAGCUCUACACUUACGGCAUACUAGCCCUUUGAGUUUCUAUGAUCAUUCACAUUGUAGUUCACCGAUGCAAGACAACUUAGAUUGGCCUUCAAGGGAGCAAGUGGAGUUCACAAGAUUAAACCCCUCCAGAAGUAAAGACAAGACAGAAGGAGAAUGGCAUAUGGUAACAGCCACUCGCUCAUUGCUUGGCAGGGAAAGAAGAGGCCAGAAGGAGGGUAUGCAGGACCAGCCGAGAGUGUCUUACAACAGCUUGCCAAGAGCGCAUUUUCUCCAGCCAAAUAGAGAAUCAAGUGCUUUUUCACCCUAUGCUAAUGACUUCUGCUUGAAUGGCAGAGAUGCCAAGAACAUUGCUGAGUCCCCCAGGAACAGUCGAAAGCUGCACCCGCUGACACAGCCAGGCUUCUACAGUCCAAAAAUCCCACGAUCAAAACACUGUGAAGCUGCACAGUCCACAAAAACGUCUUUAAAAGGAUCUUCUUCUACAAACAACUUGAAGGAGUUCUUUGCUCUCACGCUGCCUCUUCCGUGCUCCAAAACUGCUGUUCUCGAAACCAGCCCUUUGUGUUCCAGACCACAAAAAGUUAAAACGUUUGUGGUAGAAAAGCCUCCUUUGAUGAGAGCUGUGGUUUCUCAAACUUCAUCGACCUCAAAUAAACCUGACGAAAAGCACUUCAGCCAACUCGUGCCAAGAGAGCACCAUCUCAUCAAGAACCAGGACUGCAGUUUGUUCAGUCUGCAGGAACCCAAUAGGAAACCUCUUAGAAAUGACCAACCUAUCUGGAGCCAUCUGUUCCCUGAACGCCAGUCUAAAGCAGACCAGCCUGCAACGCUUUGUCCAAAAUUGGAAAAGGCAAGUCAUGAGAGAUCUACCUGGAGUGUUGACACUGAUAUUAAACUAUCUCAGGGUGACCCUGACUGGUCAUGUCAACUUCAAGCCAGCCCAGCUAAACGUGAUUGCAGCCCAAAACAAAAGAAGACACAGUACUCACAAAAUAGAGAAACCAGUGAUGUCAGGAACACUGAGGACAACCAUGUAAAAAGUCAGGUGGAUGUAAACUCAAAGAAUGUGUUUGGUCAGCCUCGGGUGAUUGCAUCACUGCGAGCAGCAUGUUCCCCGCGGCCCGUUCGCAAGAGCACAGUGGUGGAGGAGUUGAAAAAACUCAUUGUGAUGGAUGACACAGAGGACAGCUCUCAGGGUGAUUCAGUAUGUGAUUUAUUCGGCUCACAUUCAGCCAUAUGACCCUAAACAACCUGACAGCUUAGGACAAUAAUCCGAAAAAGCAGGUAU